UAAAGCUUGGCACAGAGAUAAACAAGUUUUGCCAUGAAAUCCUAAAAUUUUUGCUCUCCGUUACGACCACUUCUCAAAUUACUUUCUUUUGUACAUAUAAACAUGCCGUGGUGUGUCGUAAAGAAGUGCGUUUCAAAUAAUGACAAACAAAGUGAUAAAAUUUCAACAUUCAAGGUGCCUAAUGAUCAAGAUCUGCGUGAAAAGUGGAGAGUGGCGAUUGGAGUCAAUAUUCUGCGCUCAUCGCACAGAGUCUGUGAAUUGCACUUUGAAGAACAUUUAGUUAUUAAAGAUUAUAUUCAUAGAACUAAGGAUGGACAUAUUAUAGCACAGGUUCCACUAAAACACCAUCAUUUAAAAGCAGGAGCUGUUCCAGCAAUAUUUAAAAGGAACGAUUUGUUGAGAGAGAGAAGUCCUCCCAAGUUUCAGAAAUGUAUCAAUGAUAUAAUGUUAGAUCAUUGUUACGCAACAAAAAGAAUAUCUGAAUGUUUACAAAAUGUCGAUCGAUUUGACAUCAGUGUUGCAAAAUCAGCAGAAAGAUCAAAGGACGAUAUUGACAGUAGAAUGCAAGAGGAAACGUCCUGUAAUGUGAUUUCGUCUAUUAAAACAGAGACGACAGACUGUGACAAAGAUGCAGCUCAAAAAAAGGGGGUACUUGAAGAAAACCCUCAAGACAUUUGUAAAGUCGAAGCCGAAAAUAAUUUCAACUAUGCUAUUGACGUGGAUUCUAGUUGUCCUCUGACUACAAAUAAAAUUGAGUGCAGUAGGGUUGUCGAUGACUCCAUUUCAAAGUCUGAAGAAAGAAGAGACAAUGUAACAUGUGAGAAACCUGUACAAACGCAUAAUAAUGCAGUAAAUGGAAUUAGGAUAAAUUCAACUCAAUUUUGUAUCAAUGUCACCUUCAAUUUUUCUACUCCGUGUAAGUUACUAAAAUGCUCAGGUAAUAAUACUGUCGAAAAUGACGUUGAGAUAAAACUACCUAAACCAUGGGGUCUUCAAAAAUCUGUAAUCGGAAAAGAAGAAGUUCUCAUUUUUACGUACGUUGUAGAAAGUACAGAUAGUGGAAUCCAAACGCACAUUUUUGAAAAAUCUGUUUUAAUAAAAUCAUCAAGAGAAAUUAUAUACGAAGUAUUUUCAAGAAAAGUUAACGUAUCGGAAUCAAAACUUCCUAAAAUUCUGAAUGAUUUUAAAAUAUUGCCAGAAAUCUUGAAAAAAUUUAAAGACUUCAAGAUUUGUAAAGGUGUUCCAGAUACAAUUCCGAAUUUUUUUCAAACAUCAGUAUCGAGAACAGUAACUGGCAUGGAUAUACGUCAUAAAGAUUGCUCCCUUUUGUCAUACAAUUGUGAAAAAUGCCGUUCGUGCAAAGUAUAUUCAACUUCAAUAGCUAGAAGUUUAAAACAAUCAAAACAAAAAAAAGAGGUUAUUCGUGUCAGUUCAUCUAAAAAUGCCACUGAACAAUGUAAAAUUAAAGCACUGAGGAAUAAAAUAAAAAGGCAACAAGAGCACAGGAGACGUUUAAAAUUCAAACUCUCAUUACUGACAGACGCUAUUGCGGAUCGGUAACAGACAAGGUGGAAUAUCUACUGACAACAGUUUGGAAAGUGUCCCCGACAAUAUGAAGAUUGUUAUCAAGGAAAUAAUAAAUGCUGCAAAAAAGAGAUCGAAGGAGCCAUAGAUAUACCGAUGAGUUUAUGCUUUGCAUGUUAAUGAAUAUAAAUGAAUAUUAUUUUAGUUUUAUUCUAUUGUAUGUUAUAAUAGGCAUCUGCCUGUGAAUAAAGUAUUAUUAUUACUAA